GCUCUACGACGCGCAACAAUCUGACCACCAAUACUGCCCAGCAUGCUACUAUCCAUGCACCCUGCACUUCUUGUGCCUGGAAGAUCACAAUGCGCCCCUGGUCUCUCGUCUCGCCCGCCUCUCGCGGGAUAGGCUUCGCCAUUGCGCGGCAUCUCCUCCGCACCACCACCGCACCCCUCGUCGCAACCGCCCGGAUGGACCUAGAUAAAACCAAGGAGGAGCUUGUGGCCGGCCUGAAUGGCGUAGACGAAGAGCGGUUGACCGUCCUGAAGGUCGAUGUGUUGGAUGAAUCCACAAUCUCCGCCGCCGCCGCCCACUGCACCUCGCACUUCCCCCCGACCGCCUCCCCAGCCCACCACCUCCACCUCGCCUUCAUAAUUCCAGGCCUCCUCUUCCCCGAGAAAUCCCCCGCCCAGAUAGAUGCCGACGACGCCCUGCUCACCUUCCGCACCAACACGCUAGGCCCCAUGCUCAUGCUAAAGCACUUCGCCCCCUUCCUCCCGCGCAAAUCCACGCCCAUCGACAACUCGGAUGCAGACGUGCUGAAAGGCCUCCCCGCUAUCCCAACCGCCGCAUUCAUGUCCGCGCGGGUGGGCAGCAUAACUGACAACCGGCUGGGCGGGUGGUACAGCUACCGCGCGUCGAAGGCGGGGUUGAAUCAGGUGGUUCGGACGUUUGAUAACCACCUCAGGACGGCGAGUGGGGAGAAGGCGGUGGCGGUGGGGUUGCAUCCUGGGACGGUCAAGACGGGGCUGAGUAGGGAUUUUUGGGGGAGCACGAAGAAAGAGAAGCUGUUUGAUCGGGAUUGGGUUGCGGAGAGGCUGGUGGAGGUUGUGAAAGGGGUGAGGGUGGAGGGGAGGGGGAAGUGUUGGGAUUGGGAAGGGAAGGAGAUUCCCCCAUGAGGUGGUUGAAUGGUGUUGUUCACAGGGUUGUGGCUAGCAGCGGGUUUCGACUGUGUGAGCAUAUGCCGAGCACUGAGGUGUUCAGUGCCAUGUAUCGCGUGUGGCAGAGGUGAAAGAGUAACCAUGGAACUACAUGGCUCGUAACGCCCACACAGCGCAUACUACCUUCAAAAUCAAUCAAAGCAAAUAGAUUAAAGUAUCUCAUAUGAUUCUAUGAGGCAG